AGGAAAUCACCCCUCGAGAUAUUCCAAGGGAGUCGAAAACUACCUCUGAAACCUGCUCAUUCCAAUUUAGAACAAGCAAGACUAGUACCACUAUACUCAAUAUGCCUAAAGUCCUUCUUACUGGAGGUAGUGGCUUCAUUGCUGCUCACAUCAUCGACAAUCUUUUGGAGCGUGGAUUUGAUACAGUCGUUACGGUGCGGUCCGAUGAAAAAGGACAGAAAAUCCUUAAUGCGCAUCCAAACACGCCAAAGGAGAAGCUCUCCUACAUCAUUGUUCAGGAUGUUGCAGCAGAUGGCGCAUUUGACGAGGCUGUUAAAUCCGAUCCGCCCUUCGACUAUGUUCUACACACCGCAUCGCCAUUUCACUUUAACAUCUCAGACCCUGUGAAGGAUUUUCUGGAGCCAGCCGUGAAGGGUACUACUGGCAUAUUGAAAGCAAUCAAAGCCCAUGCUCCGACUGUUAAGCGUGUGGUGGUCACCUCAUCCUUCGCUGCAAUCGUCAACCCUAAAGCACAUGCGAAGGUUUACAGUGAGGAGAACUGGAACCCUGUAACGUGGGAGGAGGCGAUGGAUCCUGCUCAAACAUACAGAGCAAGCAAGACAUUUGCUGAAAAGGCCGCUUGGGAAUUCGUUGAGAACGAAAAGCCAAACUUCGACAUUGCAACCAUCAACCCACCUCUGGUCUUUGGCCCUGUUGUUCCCUACCUGAAUUCCUUGGACGCCAUCAACACUUCCAAUCAAAGACUUGCAAACCUGGUCCAAGGGAAAUUCAAAGAUGGUCUUCCUCCUACGGGUACGUUCUUGUGGGUAGAUGUUCAUGAUGUCGCAUUAGCCCACGUUAGGGCUAUUGAGGUUUCUGAGGCCGGUGGCCAAAGGUUUUUCACUACUUCUGGCUACUUUACCAACAAAGAGCUUGUGGAAGUGGUACGAGAGUCGUUUCCCGAGGUCGCAGAGAAGCUACCCUCAACGGAUGCGCCUAGCGACCUGCCUGAUAAUGUGUAUGGCUACGACAACAAGAAGUCGAUUGAGAUUCUAGGUAUUCAGUAUCGGCAACUGAGGGAAACGGUUGUUGACACAGUUAAGUCAAUUCUCAGCGUUUCUGCCCAUCAGUCCCGCGCCAUGGUGACAGCCAGGCUAUCCCCGACAGCAAACUUGCUGCGGAAGUCUCGCUUGUUUGCACUUCCGCAGGCCUUGGCUCCGCCUCAAGAACGACCAACUUCGAGGCAGGUCGCUGAAUCCGAUUCCGCAACCCUUCCUCACCCAAUUCGAGCGGCCAUUGUCACACCAUCAUCUUCUCUUCUGAAGGGUGACUGGGGUUUGAAGAGACCCUUGCCGGCAAAGACAACGUCCGCUAGAUCCUCACGGCCUGUGGUUCGACUCAAUGCUUUAGACACCUUUGAACAUACCACGGAUUUCGAAUCCGCGGCGGAUCAUACGGUGACCUUGGAGAAGUUUCAAGAGCUCCAUUUGCCGAUGUCCCUUCCUGAGAAAGUCAGCUACUCCAGCAAUAUGGCUCCUCGGCACUCGAGUCCUUUCGAGGCCCGUUUGGACAAUACCGAAACAAGCAACGGCCUCAAAGACCCGGCCGCCAAAAAGUUCCGCCAUUCUGGACCAUACCUCGCCAGUCAGACGGAGGCGGAGUUCCAGGCCUACUUGGAUACUGUGCGCAGGGACAAGCCGAAGAUCAUGAAAAAGUUGCGCAGUUAUUUCGUCGCAAAGAAAAAGGCCGAGCGAAGAAAGCAGGCACAGGACAGCGGAGAUUUUGCGGGCAUCGAUGAACCCUUCGUAUUUGAUGCGAAAGAGUUCCAGGCAUAUGUCAAGUCGCUGCGUACGGAUCCAUUCAGCCUAGGCCCAGUGAUCUUCCAAAUCCUGGAUCUCCCACCACCUCCUAUGAUACCUUCCGACCUGAUUGGAAAGACCUAUUACCUACCUCCUGCCCCCCAACUGUCUGCUCCUGAGUAUGUUGCGUCCGGACCUCCGAAGACGCACCCCUCCGCAGGAUUGUCCUACACCAGGUCUCACGCCUUGGUUUACAACCAUCCCAGAUUUGGACCUCAGACUUAUCAACGUCCUGUUGAGGCACGUGUCUUGCGUCCCAAGGGCAGGUUCAAGAACAAGGGAGGCAAAGCGGUUGGCGGUGUUGCUGGUAUCGUUGUGGAAGAUCUCAACGCCAUGGCCUUCACUGAAUAUGACGGGCCAGCUGGCCUUGAUCAAUUUGACGCCUCUAUCCCUGGUGGUGCCAAGUACUGGGUCAACCCUAUUCGGGCUUCCAUCAAUUCAUACGGUCGCAUUGAUUUGGCUAGUUACCGCGCUACCGUUACGUCUAGAGCACCGUACGGAAUCACAGAGUACCAGAAGCCGAGAGUAAUGCAAGUGCCCCGUUACGUCGCUCAAAGUGGCCAGCGGCAGGUGCCGAGGUUGGAUAGAGCCCGCCCUCAGACCGGCACAUUCUCGGCGUCGGAGGACUUAAGCUCCCCAGCGGAUAAUCCGGAGGCUCUCGCACGGGAUCUCAUGAAGAGCUUUACCUAAGUAUGAGCGAGACCUAUCUGGUUUAGUGGUAUUCUUUUUUUCUAUCUCGAUGGUGCAGCUUGUUUUUGCAGCUAUUGGGGAGCUGUGCGGUCUGUAUGAAUAUGCGGUUUUCUGGUCAAUGUAGAGCUACUCCUGUUCUUUCUUUCUUUUUCUGUUGUAUAAGCACAUUGCAGUCCAUACAUAGUAGCAGUUUCACCUGUUGCCAAACCAUUCUCAAGUUCUG